CAUGUCGAAGAAGAAUAAGCAAUCUCGGGAUCCAAUUCCGGUGGACGUGUUGUUCGAGAUCCUCUUGAGGUUGCCUGCGAAAUAUGUAGCUAGGUUCCUUUGCGUAUCGAAGUUUUGGGCAACAAUCAUCGGUGGUCGAGAAUUCAUCAGAUCCUACUCGCUUCAGACUUCCCAGCAGCCUCGCCUCCUCUUCGCUUUCAAUAACGAAAUAAAGGGUUAUCAAGAAAACUGGUACUUCUUCUCCAAAUCAACUCAUGUUUCUACUCCACUGUGCUCAUGUGAGCGUGAGCCCGUGAGACCGGUUUUGCGUAGGGAUGCCCGGAAUGGCCGGUUUAGACAAGGGCCUGGUGUUGCUGACCUAGUAAAUAAAGUUGUUGCUGUUGUGGAGGAACCACCUGAGUUUCUAUCAAGUACGGUGUGUCACUUGAAGAAACUACGGUACAACAAGCCUAGUUAUGUCCGUGGGUUGAUCUGUUUCUUAUAUGGUGAAGAACAAGUCGUAACUAACCCCGUCACAGGCAAGUCCAUAACCUUACCCACUGUCAAAUCCACUGAAAUGAUCGUCAGAUCUUUUUUAGGAUAUGAUCCAAUCGAUGCCCAAUACAAAGUGUUGUGCUUGACCAAUGUUACUCGGUUUUGUGAACAUCAAGUCCUCACAUUGGGAGGAGCUCAAAGCUGGAGAAUGGUCCAUUAA